CCUCCAUAAUGGGCGGGUUGGAGGCUAGUGGGGGCGGCGGGCCCCUAACAGGAGGGGCGGCACCAACACAGCUUCUCAACUGGGUCUACCUGACUCUGGCUGACCACCAUAACCAGCAGGCCAGUGCUGCCUCCCACACCAACCCUCCACCACCCAUACACACCUCCCAGAACAAGAUGAUACCAAGCGGGUGGAACGCCCUAGGGAUGGGCAGCACAGGUGUGGGCGGCAGUUCGAGCAUGGGCAGCGGGUCUGGCGUGGGCGGCAUAAGCUCAAUACCGCCCUCUUCUCUUGGCUCGCUUGCCGGGAGCAGUCUGGGCAUGAUGGGUGGCAAUAUGGGUGGAAGUAUGGGCGGCCUCAGCUCUCUGUUGGGUGGUGGGGGCGGUGGUCUCCUCAACGGGUUGGCCGGACUCACCCCUAAUGACAUCUCUGCCCUCAACUCCCUCACAGGUACCAUCAACAGCAUCAACGGAAGCUUCAGCAAUGGUCUCAACGGGGUUAACAGCCCUGUCAACAGCAAUAGCUUAAACGGCAGUAUAGGAGAACUGGCAGACCAACUCAGUGAACUCACGCUAGGACUGGACAAGAAGAUCAAAGGCAGGAAGCUGCCACCGAACUACCUCUGUCAUUUGUGCUUUAAGAAAGGUCACCACAUCAAGGAGUGUCCCCAGGCGCGUCCUAAGGGUGAAGGACUGACACCAUACCAGGGCAAGAAGCGAUGUUUUGGGGAGUUCCGCUGUACCAAGUGCAAGAGAAAAUGGAUGAGCGGCAACUCGUGGGCCAACUGUGGACAAGAGUGCAUAAAGUGCCGCAUUAAUGUCUACCCUCACAAGCAGGUCCGUGCUGCCUCCCUCUCUCCAGUGAGUCUUGUGCCCUUCUUCCCUGCACCCCUUCCACCCGGCAGGCAGUCAACAGUUCAGUCAUUAUCAGAGAGACGUGAGUGGAUGACUGCUGAAAUACGGCCUCUGGACAAGCCGGAUGGACUCGAUGUGUCGGAUCAGUCUAAGGUACAUCCACAGCACCUCUGUGAGAAGUGCAAGAGUCUUGGCUACUACUGUAGGAGGGUCAACUAGCCGCCUGCUCCACUGCAGGAGGUCAAUUAGCCGACCGCCCUGCUGCAGGAGGGUCAACUAGCCGCUUGCCGCACUGCAGGAGGGUCAACUAGCCGCUUGCCGCACUGCAGGAGGGUCAACUAGCCGCUUGCCGCACUGCAGGAGGGUCAACUAGCCGCUUGCCGCACUGCAGGAGGGUCAACUAGCCGCUUGCCGCACUGCAGGAGGGUCAACUAGCCGACCGCCCUGCUGCAGGACGGUCAACUAGCAGCCCGCCCCACUGCUGGAGGGUCAAUUAGCCGUCCGCCCCGCUGCAGGAGGGACACCCACUAGUCUCUCCUGUUGGAGACGUAACUAAUCGCCUUUCAAACUACAGGAAAGACAACUAACCGCCCACUGUAGGAAGGUCAGCUAGCCGCCCGACCCUCCCUGGCUACCACAAGGGGCAUCACUUGUCUCCUACCCCAAUUCCCUCCCUCCUUGACUCAGUGGUAGGCAACUGCUUUGGGUGGAUCGAAUUACAUGGUCUGGUCAAGAGCCUCUGAGGACAUUCUGGAAUGAGCAGCCUCGUUCCACCACAUAACAUUCAUCCACAAGUACUUGAGACUGACCGACGAACACAAGGUUUCACCCCACAAGGAAGGUGACAACACAGAACUGGUGAUUUGUUGUCGGGGAAGGAUGGCUGAGAGGCGUGAGAUGGCGUGGUGCUUAACCAGCCGCCAGAGAACCUUACUCGGGCCCUAUACUGCCACCCUUUCUCCCCCCCCCUCACUUUGCUUCCCUUCACCCCUCUUUUUUCCUUCAUCACCAUCUUCCUCUCUCCCUCAUCAUCUUCCUCUCUCCCUCAUCAUCUUCCUCUCUCCCUCACCAUCUUCCUUCACUUAACCCUAAAUCUUUCUCCUGACCCAUGUCUUUUUACCCUGCCAUUACCACUCGCCCUACUUCUUGCCUCACCCAUCUAGCUUCACCCUAUGUCCCUCUCCCUCUCCCCCUAACUUCUUUUACCCUGCCUCUCUUGACCUUCCUCUCACCCUCACGCAGCUCCCUCUCCCUGACUGAAAGGGAGUCCUGUGGCGUACAUAGGGAGGGAGGAGGAGCAUUACAUGUAUAUCUUGCAUUAGAAGCUGCCUGGCUUAUAUCCUUUGUCUUAUACACUUUGUAUUAAUACUUAAUGCAUAUUUUUCAGUGCAAUAAUGUAUGCAGAAGAUAGGGCAGUAUAUAUUGCGGUGUUUUUUUAAUUUCCCAAUAUACGAACUGUGUAAUUAUUAUGGCUGUAAUGUAUUCACUAUUUACACAUAGAGGACAAGUGGUUUAUAAUUUUGUUCUCGCACUUAAGCUGAAAUUUAUGAAUAUUUCUACGCUUUUUAUUUUGCAGAUCUAGUUUAGGACUUUCGAUGUUAAUUUUCUUAAUAACUGUACUGUAUAUACAUAUAUGCAUGAGGUAUUUGUGGUUAGUGUAUUAAUUUUCCGAGUGAGAGGCCUCGGUAAUGCUGAAGGUUGGUGCUAAUAUUUAUAAGGACGAAUGAGGCUAAUUACUUGCAUGACGUUGAGGCAGGUUCAUGUCUUAUUGUCGAGUCCAGGGUCAUCACCCUCUCAGGCCUGGUCAAACAGGCUGUUGGUGCUUACAACACGCAGUCCAACGUAGGCACAGCUGAUCAUGAGCCCACUUGAGGAUCUUGUCAAUUUUAAAUUUAAAUUUAGUAGGUUUCUCUUCCGAGUUGAUGUGAUCUUAUAAUGGUGACCUUGUGAGGCUACACUUCAACUGUCACCUAAACUCAGGUUGUUACUUCUAGCAUCGCAGAAAAUUAUUGAUGAUUUAAGAUUAAAUAUUUUAUACAACUGAACUGGCUGUUAGACUUGUACGUUCAGUACAGUACUGGCUGUUAGACUUGUACGUACAGUACAGUACUGGCUGUUAGACUUGUACGUUCAGUACAGUACUGGCUGUUAGACUUGUACGUACAGUACAGUACUGGCUGUUAGACUUGUACGUUCAGUACAGUACUGGCUGUUAGACUUGUACGUUCAGUACAGUACUGGCUGUUAGACUUGUACGUUCAGUACAGUACUGGCUGUUAGACUUGUACGUUCAGUACAGUACUGGCUGUUAGACUUGUACGUUCAGUACAGUACUGGCUGUUAGACUUGUACGUUCAGUACAGUACUGGCUGUUAGACUUGUACGUACAGUACAACAACUUUGUCCUCAACUCAUGGCCAAGCAUUCCUCAUGAUAAAUUUAUAUAUAUUAAGAAUAUUUUGGCAGCUGUAAUAAAAAAUGCCAUGAACCAGAACAAGCCUACUAGUAUCUAGACGUUUCUUAUAAAAAAGAUCAGUAAUGUGAUAUAGUGGAACAACCCUUGAUGACUGAUGCAGGAGCCUAUCCCUGACGAAGUCCAAGACAUUAAAUAUUGGAGGAUCACCAAGAUUCGACAUUAUACCUUCCAUUCCCCCAGGUACUGUAUGACCCGUAAGAAUUUAGUGCUUCCCUGUGAAUGUAUAUAACUUUGAUAUGGCGCCAUUGGUACACUAAGAGAAAACACCAUAAGUGUCCGGGGCCCAAAACUGUUCAACAGCCUCCCAUCAAGCAUUAGGGGAAUUGCCAAUAAACCCCUGGCUGCCUUCAAGAGAGAGCUGGACAGAUACCUAAAGUCGGUGCCGGAUCAGCCGGGCUGUGGCUCGUACGUCGGACUGCGUGCGGCCAGCAGUAACAGCCUAGUUGAUCAGGCCCUGAUCCAUCGGGAGGCCUGGUCGUGGACCGGGCCGCGGGGGCGUUGAUCCCCGGAAUAACCUCCAGGUAACCUCCAGGUAACCUGGUUAGCCUGCAUGGUUAUUUUUGGUGAGAAAUUUAAGUAAUUUUUGUCUAGUUGUUCUUGUGAAUUUCAGUCUUACUAACUUACAGACAAUAAGCUAACUUAACAAUAAUCAACCAAUAAAUCCCUCAUCUAAUUAGAGCUGUGCAGCAGUAAAAUACAAGAGGAGCAGUAGGAAUGAAACAAAGAUGAUGUAAUCAGUCCACUAACUUUGGAGAAAAAGUAUUUGAGGGGGUCAGUCCCUCAGCCUGGAGAAGAGUUCAACUCCAUGGAGCUCAACUCUUCUAUUAGUGUUAUUAUUAUUAGAUCAAAACAAUACACUUCUAAAUGCAGUUAGUCACAGACUGAGUGAACAUUAAGGGAUAAAUGUAUUGUAGUGUCUAGGUGGAUUACGACCUUGAUGACCCUUACACAGUUGCCAAAAAUUUAAACGUAUUUUUCUUUGCUCUCGCCGCCUCAAGAUGUUGGCUGCUUGUCUUGUGGUAUAAUAGAUGCCCAGUCGUUUUUUCUCAGUCUUUAAGACAUUUUCUGCUUAAUAUCUAACAAGUAAAACUGAAUCCCUAGUAUAGGGAUUGAAGCACUUGGUGUAUAUACACAGACAUACACUUCAUGUAUACACACAUAUAUACAAACAUUUUGAUGUAUAUACCAAGGAAAUUAUUUCUCUCGGCCUUCGUUUACAGAGUAUUUAUAUGCACUCAUCCUGAGUGAACACAUAACCAUCAAACUCAGCACACAUUUACUCCAAAUAACUGAUACACCAUUGGUUAUUUCAACUCAAAAACAAACAAACAGGAGAAUGUGUAUACGUGACGUGUAGACAAAGUUGUUGGAGUGUCCAGUGAGUGUUGAUAUCAAGUUUGUCCCUCCAUGUAGACUGUCAUAACUACUCUCCCCAGUGAGUGAGUGUUGAUAUCAUGUUUGACCCUCCAUGUAGACUAUCAUAACUACUCUCCCCAGUGAGUGAGUGUUGAUAUCAAGUUUGUCCCUCCAUGUAGA